AUGGCGACCUUGUCGGAGCUGGUCUCGGAGGACGUGGAUGGAGGCUUGGCUGACGUCGACGCCUGUCUGUUGGAAAUCGAGAGGAAGUAUGACAUCAUCCCCGCCGUCAUCUGCUCCAUGUGCUGCCUCUUCGGCAUCAUUUACUGCUUCUUUGGUUACCGUUGUUUCAAGGCCGUCAUGUUCCUGUCAGGGCUCAUGUUUGGCUCUGUCAUCAUCUUCCUGCUGUGCCAUAAGGAAAGGGUGCUGGACACGCAGCUGAGCGUGGAGGCCAGUGCAGGCAUCGGCCUGGGCAUCGGCCUUCUCUGCGGCCUGGUCACCAUGCUGGUCCGCAGCGUUGGCCUCUUCAUGACCGGACUCCUCCUCGGCCUGCUGCUCGCUCUCGCCGCCCUGCUGGUCACGCACCAGUUCUACACUCCGACCACCGUCUGGGUGCCACUCGGUGCCCUGCUGGGCUCUGGCAUGCUGUGUGCCGUUCUCACUCUGCAGUGGCAGAAGCUCUUCACUGUGCUCUCCACGGCCGUGUUUGGCGCUGCCAUCAUGACCGUGUGCGCCGACUACUUUGUGGAGAUGCUGGCGCUGGCCACGCACGUGUACGACUGCCUGAGGCUGGCACCCGACCCUCCGCCGCUCUGCUGGUACAGCUGGGUCAUACUGGGCAUCUGGCCCACCCUCAGCAUCAUGGGAGUACUGGUCCAGUGGAAGCUUACGGCAGAAGGGUUUUCACACACAGAGGUCAUCAUCAGUAGAAGGCAGAAGAGGGUGCAGCUCAUGAGAAUAAGACAGAAGGAGGCCAAGAAGAGGCAGCAGAGUGGAGGUCAGGAGGGAACGUACCGGCGCAAACCCACGCCUGUCAAACGAUACGCUGGAGACCUCUUAGCACCGAGUUAUUUGCAGAGUCUGCGGGACCGUCAGAUGGGCACAGGCACCUCCCUCAGUAGCCUGGGCACUGCCAACCACACCAUGAUAGACUUUGACUAUGAGACAGGCUCCACCGUGCCCCUCACUUCCACCACACCAGUCAUACGCGUCUGA